GCCUUUGAUGAGGACUCAGUGCUGGAAUAUUCGUUGAUGAUGAACAGUGAGUCGUCGGCUUUGUCGUCAUUGUUGCGAGUUGAUCGGGAAGGCACGGUGCGCAACGUUGAACCAUUGCUAGGCCUCGAAGGGAAGUACCAGUUUGCAAUAAUUGCUCGGGAUGGUAAGCACAACGGUGCAUCGGCGACCAUUUUUCUCACCAUUUUGCCGGCUUCCAAAUGUCAACCUACUUUCCCGGCUACAGUACAGGAUGUUGUGUAUGUUAAUGAGAAUGAAUUUCCUGGUUCAGUGUUGGCGCAGUUUACUGCUGAAGUGUCGAGCAGUGAUUGCCAACUAACAUAUGCAAUAUGGAAUGGUACUAAGUAUGUGAAUGAGACAGAAUUGUUCAUGAUUGAGCCGACGACAGGAGAACUAAAGGCGAAGGUGUCUUUCGACUGCGAAGAGCAAGACCGCCACGCUGUACGUGAAUUUUGCAUAGCCGUUAAAUGUAGACGCCUACCGAAAUUCCCCAAAACUGCUGAAUAUUUUGUAGACGGGCAUCUCCGAAGAAUUUUCGUCAUUCAUAAACCGUACAUCGAUUCUUUUUUGAGAGAGAUUGUACGCACCGUACUGUAG